GCUGCCAGAAGAGACACAUAACCUCUGUCUGCUGCCUUUAAUCAAAACUGAGGGGAAGACUGUUUUGUGUUGAGUCUGAAAACUGCUAAACAUCCCAAAAUACUGAAGAUCAUCUGACUCUCUGGGAUUUGCCUGUUGCUGUCUUCUCCCUGGCCUUUUUAGGUGAGGAUAGAUUGCAGCAAUUCAUGCUGCUGUGUGGGAGAUUGUUUCACCUGUGACAAUCCAAACACAAAGACCUACCUACAAUGAAAGACUGGAGAGCCCCCACUAAUAAAUGGCUGGAUUCCUUACCUUGGGAAAGCUCUGAUUUUUAGAAAAGAUGCUUACAAAUUCUUACUGGAUCAGCAAAAGAAAUUUGGAGAUAUUUUCACUGUACAUAUUGCUGGUGAGAAAUAUUUUAGUAGAUAUAUUACCUUUAUCAUGGACCCAUUUCAAUAUGUCUAUGUCAUCCGAAAUAGCAAGCAACUUGAAUUUCAUGAAUUCGCUAAUAAAAUGGCAUCCAAAACUUUUGACUACCCAGCCUUGUCAAAAGGAAAAUUCCCUGAACUCAAGGAAAACCUGCACAGAAUCUACCAGUAUCUACAAGGCAAGCCUUUGGAUAUAAUUUCUGACCACAUGAUGAAAAAUCUCCAGGAUAUAUUUGAAUGGAAAUGCUCACAAGCAACAGAUUGGGAAACAGAAAAAAUGUACAAAUUCUGCUGCUCUGUAAUGUUUGAAGCCAGUUUUGUAACACUAUAUGGAAGAGUUCCUGCUGCAGAUGGCCACAAAGUUAUUAGUGAAAUCAGAGACAAAUUUAUCAAGUUUGAUGCCAGCUUUCCCUAUUUAGCUGCAAACAUACCAAUUGAGUUGCUAGGAGCUACCAAGAAGGUUCGGAAGGAGCUUAUACAUCAUUUUUUACUUCAGAACAUGACAAAAUGGCUGGGAGGGUCAAAAGUGGUCCAAGCCAGACAAGAUAUAUUUGAGAAAUAUGAGCUGCUUGGAGAUUAUGACAAAGCAGCACAUCAUUUUGCCUUCCUGUGGGCCUCUGUGGGAAACACGAUUCCAGCUACAUUCUGGGCCAUGUAUUAUCUUCUGCGGCACCCAGAAGCUCUUGCAGCGGUGCGUGACGAGAUUGACCAUUUGCUGCAGUCAACAGGUCAAAAGAGAGGGCCCACAUAUAACAUCCACCUCACCAGAGAACAAUUGGACAACCUGGUCUACCUAGAGAGUGCCUUAAACGAGAGUUUAAGAAUGUGCUCGUCCUCCAUGAACAUCCGCAUCAGCCAAGAGGAUUUUGUUCUCAAGCUUGAAGGAAAUCAAGAAGUCGUUUUGAGGAAAGGAGACUGGAUAGCCCUUUACCCGCAGAUUUUGCACAUGGACCCUGAGGUCUAUGAAGAUCCUAAGGAGUAUAAGUUCGAUCGAUACAUAGAGAAUGGCAAGAAGAAAACCACAUUCUACAAGGCAGGAAGAAAACUGAAGUAUUUCCUAAUGCCCUUUGGCUCUGGGAUCAGCAUGUGUCCAGGGAGGUUCCUUGCAAUGAAUGAGAUGAAGAUGUUUCUUUUCAUACUAUUGUCUCAUUUUGAUGUAGAACUAGCAGAAAACAAAGCUGUCAGACUUGAUAACAGUCGCAUGGGCCUUGGUAUCCUCCUGCCAGACGUUGAUAUUGCCUUUCGUUACAAGCUAAGGUCCUUAAGAAAUUGAGCAGCUGCCUAUAUGCCUUCCACUAAUCUCCAUGUUUGCUCUGUUUCAUCACUCAGCCUUAUAUUUUUGGAAACAAUUGCUUUUCCCUCUCUGCUUUUACCUCCUUCCUCUUUGUUUCUAAGGAGAAAAGCUGUUGGGCUGGAGGUAGAGACCAGAUGCAGGGAUGUCCAACCUCAAUUUGUCCUGCUUGCAUUGCGAGAAGUGAGGUGACGUGACAAGAGUCUGGCCAAGUAAAUAGCCCAGCAUCUCUACAAGGUGCAUCCCCAUACUCUUGGCUGUGAGAUGAGCAGGAUUUACAGGAAAGAUGAAUCCAGGCCACUUACAUGAAUAUCAGCAUCUGCUCAUAAAAGCAUAAUAACAAGAAAGGAGGAGCUUCUUGUGAUUAUUAUCCUAACUUUAUAUUUACUUUAUUUCUUUCAUGGUCUUGAGAGUCUUCGCCCUUUUUUUGGGAGGUGUGAUGGAAGUUGUGUGGGGUGGUGGAGGGUGAUUUGCAAGAAUGUCUUACUGCUGACACAUUUCUAACUUCAGGUUUAUGUACUGAGGGUGAAUGCUUUGCUUUCUUACUCCUUUUCCUUUUUUUUUCUUUUUUUUUUUUGGUGCAGUGAGUGCAAAAAUUUAAAAUAUGUGAUUUCUUUCCUGCAAUCAUUUAAAGUCAGAAGAGAAGUUCUGUUGAAUAGUUUUAAUAGGCUCUUGAUCAAGCCUAAUUAUCUAUUUUGGCUUUUGAGCCCCCCCCCCCCCCCCCCAAGCAUAUUGUUCAGGGAGAAAAUAUAUUCCCAUUUUAAAUUAUUCUAUCACCACAAAAAUUAGCUUCUCUUUCUCUCACUGUUUCUGAGUAACAUGCUCGUGCAUUUAUUUUGACUGUUUCUUAUGUUUGUUCAUUUCUCCGAAAAGGCAAAAGAGGAAGAGGGUUUCAAGGGCAAGUGUGGUAUCUAAAAAUGCUUUUUAACAUUGUUUUACCUUGCCUAAGUUGUGCAUGGGCAGAGUAGUGUGACCUGUGUUUGGAAACAGACUUGUCCAUCUGCAGAUUGGAAAAUAGGCUCUUCCCUGGGGCCAAAAUUUGAGCAAGUGAAAACCCUGGGCAGCCACAGAAGUUUAUACUGGCUGCCCAACCUGCUCACUGGGUGCCCAGCUCUUGUUUGGAAAAUUAAUUUCCUAGUGCAAAAAAUCUGAGAUUUUAGACCCUGUCUCUCUUCCCAGCCAUCACUUCAGAGAUUGAUGAGGAUUCCCAUGGCUGUCCAGUCUCAAUUUGCCAAGAUGAUAAUUGUAAUGGCAGAAUAGCCACAUCUGUGGGCCUUGCCUUGUGUUCCUAAAAAAACAUCUCUCUUUGGGAUGUGCCAGAGUAAGUCUUUCAAAAUCAGAAAUUCUACUAAUCUAUAUGGCACUUGAUGGCCUAUGGAUGAAAACUAAUAUCUAAAUACUAAUAAUUAUGUAUUGUUAUUUUUGUAUAAGUCUGUUCAGUCAUUUGUGUAUAGCACAUACUCUAAAUAAGCAUCAGCAUCAGUAGGAAGACUUUCAGAGAUUGAUACAGCCACAUUCCAAGUCCUCCAAGAAGGAAAUUGUGGUUUUGUGAGAUAUAUUAGAUAAACAUUUUCUCUUAAUAUAUAGUAUCAAUAAUGUCUACAGAUUUGGAGUACACUUACAUUAAAUGAACUUUAUGGUUGAUUAAAUGCUUUAACUUUACUUCAACAUUUAAUCAACAGCAAAUGCUGAUUAUUGCUUUGUGCCACAGAGUAAAAUUGGGUUUUAUGGAGACAUUCUUGUACUCAGGUUACUUACUCCUGUGGUUACUCUGUAGAAGCUAUUCUGUACUCAGCUGCAGCUCACAAUCCAGUUUAGACAUUAGAGCCUGGUUUAUUGAGAGAGGGAAUGUUGAUAUCAUUACACUGUUGACUGUAUUCCAUUAUUGCUUAUAUGUAAGCUGUAAAAUGUCUCAUGCUACAGUUAUGAUGAUUCCUUCUUUGGCAUCCAACUUUAAAACAAACCUGAAGCAACUGCGAAAAAAACACUGGGUAUUUGUUUUAAACAGAAGCCUCUUUCUUAUAAUUGUCUUCUAUUUUUAGGGUUUUGAAUUAGAGUAUCACUGGCUGCUGCGUAAUUUGAUAGGGCAUAAUAGGACUGUGCCAAAAGUACAUGCAAAUCAUUAGUAGUUUCAGAUUAACUGCUGAUCAAUUUGUAUAGUAUCUAUUCUGAAAUUAAAAGAAGAACUAGAUUGUCUCCAAAGUAGCAACAUAAAUCUGUAUCAUAUGCUCCAUUUAAAAAAAAAAAAAAAAAAAAAAAAAAGAAAAGAGAAAAGG